AUGUCGGUCAACGUACGCCCGAAGCCCGUGUCUGACCAAGUCCGUGCGACUCGCCUCGAAGUUGUCGACCGCCUCGAGAAACAAUUGGCAAAUGCCAAGCAAUGGUAUGACUUUGACAAACCUCAAGACUAUAGAAAUGCACGAGCAGAAGGGACUCACGGGUUCGAUCGUCCAAAACUCAAUGACCAAGCUCGUUUGGUUUAUGCCCCCGGACGUGAAGGGCAGAGCAUUGAACUCCGCAUGAUUGAACCGCCUGUGCCGUCUAAAGGUGUUUUCCUCCACUUCCACGAAGGUUGUUUUGUCAUUGGGAGCAAUGCUUCUUACGAUGGGUACUUGACGCGAGUCUCCGAAGCAUCCGGCCUAACCGUGGCGUCUGUCGAGUACCGCCUCGCGCCAGAGCAUCCAUUCCCCGCAGGUCGCGAUGACUGCGUGGACGCUGCGCUCUAUGCUCUUUCUACCCCGGGUAUGAGUGAUCUUGGAGCUCCCUUGCGAGUACUCGGUGGAGAGUCGGCUGGCGCUUGGCUCGCCGUGGCUGUUGCGCUAGAAUUACGGGACACGUAUGAGAUCGACGUCAAGACACAGAUCGCUGCAAUUUGUGCUGGCUAUGGGAUAUACGACUUGACAUACACGCCCUCCCUACUGUCGCAUGAAAGAAACAUAGUCCUCAGUCGCAAGACCAUGAUGAAGUUCUUGGAGGCGGCUUUCGGUCAUAUCCUGUCUGGUGAAAGGAAAAGACCUGACAUAUCCCCGUUGUAUGCUGACCUGGGUAACCAGCCGCCGGCGCAUUUUCUCGUGGGGAAUGUUGAGCCACUACUCGAUGAUAGCAUUUUCAUGGCUGCCAAGUGGGCCAACGCUGGGAGUGAAGCUGAGCCGUAUGUCGUGGAGGGGGCUCGCCAUGCCUUUACGCUGAUUCCAUUUGGUGAGGUCACUAAUGUCGGGAUUCAGGCAGUUGUGGAAUUUUUACGGGUGCAAUUGCAAAAGUUUUAA